AAGGACCGUGAGGCGGGGCAGUGUCAACUGGACUCAGAAGUUCUGCCUAAAGUGGCCCGCAUGACCGUCUCAGGGAAGAAACAGACCAUGGGCUUUGACGUGCCAAGUACAGAGGAGAACGGGGUUGUCCCCAGCCCCUCCGUCCAUCGUGGGGGUAGCCCUGAUGACAUGACCAUGAAAACCAGCCCCGAAACCCCCUCCAAGCGUCCGCAGACACCCUCUAAAGGGUUCGGGGGGGCAGAGGAGCCCCCUUCCGUCCCCACCCCAGGACGUACCCCGGGGAAGGCCAAGCAACAGCUGAACGUCAGGGCCGAGCUGGAGAAGAGACAAGGGGGCAAGUCUCUACUCAACCUGGUGGUUAUAGGUCAUGUGGAUGCUGGGAAGAGCACUCUGAUGGGUCACCUGCUGUACCUGUUGGGAAACGUCAAUAAACGCACCAUGCACAAGUACGAACAGGAGUCCAAAAAGGCUGGCAAGGCCUCGUUCGCCUACGCAUGGGUCCUGGAUGAGACCGGGGAGGAGAGGAACAGGGGUGUAACCAUGGACGUGGGGAUGACUAAGUUUGAGACGGCCUCUAAGGUGGUGACUCUGAUGGACGCUCCUGGACACAAAGACUUCAUCCCUAACAUGAUCACUGGAGCAGCCCAGGCGGAUGUGGCGGUGUUAGUGGUAGAUGCCAGCAGAGGUGAGUUUGAGGCAGGGUUCGAGGCAGGUGGUCAGACGCGAGAACACGGCCUUCUGGUCCGUUCGUUGGGCGUCACGCAACUCGCGGUUGCCGUCAACAAGAUGGACCAGGUAAACUGGCAACAGGAGCGAUUCAAAGAGAUCAUCUCUAAACUUGGACAUUUCCUGAAACAGGCUGGAUUUAAGGACUCUGAUGUGUUCUACGUGCCGACCAGUGGUCUAUCAGGAGAGAACCUGACCACUAAGAGUUCUGCUCUGGCGCUAACAUCCUGGUACUCUGGACCAUGUCUGCUGGAACAGAUCGAUUAUUUCAAACCACCCCAGAGGUCGAUAGAAAAGCCCUUCCGACUGUGUGUCUCGGACGUCUUCAAAG